AUGGCUUCACCUCCAAAUGGUUUGGCACACCUCUCCCCUGAUGAUGGGGAUGAAGCAGCUAGAGAGCACCUACUGACAGUGGACAUUGGAGAAGCCGAUGGGGACGUGAAAUUCCGGAUACGAAAUCUGACCAAGAAAUCAGAGACCACUGGAUGCGCCAUACUCAAUGGGUUGAGCUUGGACAUACCAAAAGGCGUGAUCGUUGGGGUCAUCGGCCCCAGUGGCAGCGGCAAAUCGACGCUGCUCAGAGCUCUCAACCGCCUCUGGGAGCCUCCAUCUGGGACUGUCUUCUUGGACGGCCAUGAUCUUCGGGAGCUGGAUGUUCUCAGCCUCCGGCGCAAGGUCGGCAUGCUCUUCCAGCUUCCUGCUCUUUUUGAAGGCACAGUUGCAGACAAUAUACGUUAUGGUCCUCAAUUGAGGGGGAAGAAGCUGAGUGACCAGGACGUCCACAAGUUGCUGACCCUUGUAGACCUUGAUUCAUCUUUUUUCAGCAAGACUGGUUCUGAAAUGUCUGUAGGUCAAGCCCAAAGAGUUGCACUUGCUAGGACCCUAGCCAAUUCACCUGAGGUUUUGCUGCUGGACGAGCCUACCAGUGCCUUGGAUCCAAUAUCAACAGAGCACAUAGAAGGUGCUUUAGAGAAGCUGAAGAAGAAACAGGGCAUGACAAUUAUAAUGGUCUCACACAGCAUCAAACAAAUCCAGAGGAUUGCUGAUAUAGUGUGCCUCCUUGUGGAUGGGGAGAUUGUUGAAGUUUUAAAACCAGAUCAACUCUCACAAGCCCAGCAUCCUAUGGCACUAAGGUUUCUUGAACUCAGCUCUUAA